UUUGUAUUUGUCAAAUGCACGUUUAACGUAGCGAACGCGAGUGACGGUGGCGGCAGCGAGAUAAUCAACGAAGGAUAUCGCGGUCCCAUCUUUUGCUUCAUUAACGCGUCCGCGUAUGCAUGAUUAGUUGGUAAUUGUAUACGCUUGUUAGUGGUUCGUAUGUAAUUCGAAAAUUAAUGCAAUAAAAGUGCGUGUUUUUAAUGUAAAUUUUCGCGAUUUGUAUGUACUUAUUAUGAUUAAAUCGUUUAUCGAGUGAAUUUCAUCGAGUCGACAUUUUUUAUAAUCGUCAUUGAUCGUAAUGGCUGAAACGGAACCCGAACGCUUGGAAGAGCCGCAAGAGCAAGAAGAAACUCAACAAGAUGAUGUUACAGAUGAUCCGAACGAAGUCCACGAAGAAGAAGUACGUUUCGAGAAUAUCGUACCCCAAGCCCUCGAUCCGGAACAAUUAAAAAGAGCUGUGAUCGAAGAAGAUAUAAAAGAACGUGCUCAAUAUCUCGAACAAGAUGACAGUACAGAAGACGAAGGAAUCGCAUCAGAAACUCAAUCUGUGUCAGCUGUGCCCGAAUAUAACACUGAAGAUUUAUUUUGCGAUGUAUACUAUCAAUGCACCCAUUUGGUUGGUAAAGAUGCAUCGGAAGGGUUCAAGAAGGAUGCUCUACUUUCCUACUUGAAAAAUGUUUUUGAAUUCGACGACGCUAAAUGCAAAUCGCUGAUCGAUGGCAUGAAAAAUAAACAAGUUCCCAAAAUGGUACUAAAAGUAGACGUCAUCGAAGCUAAAGAGUUAACUCCCAAGGAUGCUAAUGGUCUAAGUGAUCCUUAUUGCACGUUGUGGAUUUCAUCGUCUCAAACCAAUCGUUUUACAACAUCUGUGAAAAAAGAAACCUUGCAGCCAGUCUGGGAGGAAAAUUUUAAAUUACCUGUUGCUUCGCCUACUCAGGAUGUGCUGCAUUUUGAAGUAUGGGAUUUCGACGCUGCUGAAAGCUUGAAAGAAAAAGUGACUAAAAUUUCAGACGUUAAAGGUUUUCGAGGCAUUAAAAAAUUUGUUAAAGAAUUCGCUCAAACUGUUGCAAGUGGAAAUCAUGACAAUGAACUUAUUGGAUCUGCUCAAAUAACAUUAAAAAACAUACCAGCCAAUGGUCAAAUGGCUUGGUUCAAGUUACAAAAACGAGGCAAAGGUGCCGGCAAAGGCAUGAUCUUGCUGAAAAUGAUUUUUGGUUCUGAGAAAGACGAAGUCGUAGCUCUCGAAGAGCAUCGUUAUUUAGUUAAAACUCUUUUACAACAUCAAAUGAAACAAGAAGGGUUCGAACCGACGACAUGGGACGGUGUUUUCUGUCCAGAGGGUGAAAUAAUUUUAAGACAGCAUUUAGCUCAAUGUAAUUUGGGCCUUACAGACGAUCUGAUCGCUAAAUGGGUCGAGUAUGUGAAUAUUCAUCAAAAUAAACAGAUUAAUUUCGGAGUUCUUGCCAAUUUGUCGAGUUUGCUCGUGAAAUCGAUGAAAGAUCAGUUGCUUACUGAUACUGAGGUUAAACAUUUUUGGAACGCGGCUAGAAAAGUUUUACCAUCGUGCUAUAAUAAUAUAAGAAAAAUUCGUAAAUCUACUCCAAGUGAUAAAGCAGUUUUGGCACAAUUAGACGCUAUUUUAAGUAUAAUUCAAGAUCUCACUAGCUGUAGUGUACCGUCGGACUUUAAUUUAUUCCCACCCGAAUCCUAUGCAUGGGUUGCUACAAUAGAUAACCUUACCGUAAAAUCUGUGUUACACGAGGCUGUGGUCCAUGGAGCUUGUGACUGGUUUGAAUAUUUAGUAAAUCAUAACCGUCCAGAAAGCAAUACCGAAGACGCACAAUUAAAAUACUUGGUGAAAGUAGCCCAACUGAUCGGUUUAGAUCUUGAUGGUGCGAGGAAGUUCCAUGAGAUGUUAUUCAAAGAGAGACUGAACUUCCCUUAUGCAAAAACACUAUUCGCAGUUUACCAAUCGAACGUUGCCGAACUAGUCGAAGGAAUCGUAACUGAUAUGUGCAUGAUGAUGAAACCUUUGGAUUUCGAAAAACGUAACGACAAAGAUGCUAAUAACGAUCCUCUCUCGAUGGGCACCACCAUGUUCGAGUUGUUCUUGGCACUCCAGGCAAUCGAAAGAACUGGAGCUACUCUUUUCGAUAAUGACGAUGUUUUUGAAACGUUCCCGUUACGUAAAUUUUACUCGUGGUUCUUCCCUGGGGUUGUCAGGUGGUUGGAUAUAGCUGCGUUUAAGGCUUUACAAAGGAUAGAUAAAGCAGUUGAAUUGGAUGAUUUCAUGCCGGUUGAUUCGACUGUUCAAUACAGUAGCUCUGCGAUCGAUACGAUGGGUAUAUUUCAACAAGUUAAAACAUUUUGGGAACAGUUGGCAUGGCCUGAUAUUGAAGGCUCUUACACAUUUAUGGCGAAAAUUAUCGACGAUAUUUGCAAAUCAUCGAUUCAUUAUGCAGAUCGAGUGGCUGCCAAAGUAGAUGGUAUGGGAGAAACUCAAACUGCUUAUGAGAAAAAAUUUGAAGUCACAUCUGAGUGGUGUGUAGCCAUUAAUAAUAUAGACUAUAUACAUCACAGUAUUCAUCCGUUCGUCAAAGGAUUAGGUUUGGAUAAACUUCUAAAUUCGUUAUCAGAUUUCAAAAGUACAGCGUCAGCAGAACACUGUCGCCAGACCUUAGAACUAGUGAUGUCCAACGCUGUGGAAAAUGUUGGUCAUAAAAUAUCCGAAUUAUCGGAAACGUUGACUACAAAGAUGGAACCAUCAAUGACGAGAUUCCUUCAAGAGGGAGCUGAAUUAUUACAUCAACAAACCAACGUUAUUGAUCGUUUGAUGUCGUAUUUGGACGAGAAUUUAACAACGUUGAAUUCUAAACUGAACGCCGAUAAUUUUAAUCGUUUUUUGGACGUUAUUUGGGAAAGAAUCUCGAAUGUUUUAUUCGCUAUGGUGCAAAAUGGUAUCGAUAAAAGACGACCGCCUUCGUACUUCCAUAAUUUACAAGAAACGCUUCACAUUUUGAUCGGAUUUUUCAAAAUCGACGAGAAAAACAAUCAAGAAGAAGAGAAUAAAAAAUUGAACGAUAUCUUGGGCAAAGUUGAACGAAUUUUGACUAUUUAUGGUAUGGAGACGCCAGAGCUGAUACAUCAAUAUUAUAUGGAACGAUUAGACGAACAAACGAAAUUAGAAAAGUCGGAAGAUGGUAUGAUGACGGUGCAAUUACAACUCGAUCAAGAUAAAUUAAUCGUCGAUGUUCUGAAUGCUUCCAAUCUUCGUUCAAUGGAUUCGAACGGUUCGAGUGAUCCAUUCGUCAGCAUUCGACUGAUACCUAAACAUAAAUUCCCUACUCAUAAAUAUAAGACCAAAGUUCAUAAGAAAACUUUAUUCCCCUUGUUUGAAGAAAAAUUCACCAUAACACUUGCAAAUGACCAAGCUAAAAUUAAAGAUGCACUAGUAAUGUUUGUGAUGAAAGAUCAAGAUUUAUUCGGCGCCACUAACGAUUACAUGGCUGAAGCAUUCGUACCUUUGAACGAUGUCGAUAAAGUAGAACCGAAUAAAUAUCCAAAAAUGAGAAACUUGAAGCUAAAUCGUCCCAAAAACACUGAGAGUGAUAUUUUGAAAGCGUUGGAUUACCGAAGCGGCGAUAAAUUAGCCAGAGAUUUUGUGAAGAAACAAAAAAGCAGGAUGGAAGUUCCUCAUUGAUUAAAAUAAUGACUCUGAAUAAUUUUUUUUUAACGAUUACUCUUUUUUUUCUCUGUUAAUGUAUGUAAGCUAAGUAUUUUUUAUCGUACUGAAUUUUAAAUUUUGUGAAUUUUGUUACUUUGUGGCAUUUUUAAAUAAGAUAUAGUCCUAUAUGUUUUUCAUUUAUAUUACUAUAAGAUGUUAGCCAUGCACAUGAUUUGUGUGUUUACCUAACUGUGUUUUUAUUAUUAUUAUAUAUUUUAAGAAACAGACGAAUAAAUUCUUUGCUCGUAA